CCGAGGAGGUGAAGAGUCGGCUCCGGGGCCCAGGAAGGGCAGGAGGGAAAAACCAGGCUCCCCGCUCCCCGCCUCUCAACAAGCCCCUGAGAGCUCUCCCGCCUCUUUCCCGCGCUCGGUGUUUUUGGGCAAGAAGACCCGCCUUGUCCCAGAUGAAGAGGACUCAUCUGUUUGUCGUGGGGGUCUGCCUGCUGGCCUCCUGCAGGGCGGAGGAGGGGCUGAACUUCCCCACCUACGACGGCAAGGACCGCGUGGUGAGCCUCACCGAGAAGAACUUCAAGCAGGUCCUGAAGAAGUACGACCUGCUCUGCCUCUACUACCACGAGCCCGUGUCGUCGGAUAAGGUGGCCCAGAAGCAGUUCCAGAUGAAAGAAAUCGUGCUGGAGCUUGUGGCCCAAGUCCUGGAACAUAAAGACAUAGGCUUUGUGAUGGUCGAUGCCAAGAAAGAAGCCAAGCUUGCCAAGAAACUGGGUUUUCAUGAAGAAGGAAGCCUGUACGUCCUGAAGGGCGAACGCACAAUUGAGUUUGACGGCGAGUUUUCAGCUGAUGUCCUGGUGGAGUUUCUCUUGGACCUCAUUGAAGACCCAGUGGAGGUCAUCGGCAACAAACUGGAAGUCCAAGCCUUUGAACGCAUUGAGGACCAGAUCAAACUCAUUGGCUUUUUCAAGAGCGAAGACUCAGAAUAUUACAAGGCUUUUGAAGAAGCAGCUGAACACUUCCAGCCUUACAUCAAAUUUUUCGCGACCUUCGACAAAGGGGUUGCAAAGAAACUGUCCUUGAAGAUGAAUGAAGUUGACUUCUAUGAGCCAUUUAUGGACGAGCCCAUUGCCAUCCCCGACAAACCUUAUACAGAGGAAGAGCUCGUGGAGUUUAUCAAGGAGCACCAGAGACCUACCUUACGUCGCCUGCGCCCAGAGGAUAUGUUUGAGACAUGGGAAGAUGAUCUGAAUGGGAUCCACAUAGUGGCCUUUGCAGAGAGGAGUGACCCAGAUGGCUACGAGUUCCUGGAGACCCUGAAGCAGGUGGCCCGGGACAACACCGACAACCCGGACCUGAGCAUCGUCUGGAUUGACCCUGAUGACUUUCCGCUGCUUAUUGCCUAUUGGGAAAAGACUUUCAAGAUUGACCUAUUCAAGCCACAGAUCGGGGUGGUGAACGUGACAGAUGCUGACAGCGUCUGGAUGGAGAUUCCAGAUGACGACGACCUGCCCACGGCCGAGGAGCUGGAGGACUGGAUUGAGGACGUGCUCUCUGGGAAGAUAAACACAGAAGAAGAUGACCGCGAGGAUGACGAAGACGGCGACGACGAAGAUGACGAUGACAAUUCCGAUGAGGAGGGCGAUGACGACAGUGACAGCGAGGACGAAUAGCUCCCGCUCCACCCGGCUUCGCUGAAACAAAACCCCAGCCCCACGUCCGCGCAGACGGCACGGGGCAGCCGCAGCCGGCCCAGCAGCCC